AGCCCAAUAAGCAGAAAGGGGUGACUGGACCAGCAAGUUUUAAUGUGCAACUCGGAACUGACAUGUAUGCAAAACACCGCUUGUUCUUCAUUUGCCGCACGCUUCAAGAAAGUACCCUCUUCUGCAAAAUCAUUGAAAAGACACCAAAACAAGCAUGAUGCCUAUGUAUUUCUUCGCAUCUGAUCAGGUGGUACUAUUAUUUGACUUCUGGAAUAUUCACUCUGUAGCAGGAAUGGUGCUGACAGUGGUGAUUGUUCUGCUUAUGACAGUCUUAUAUGAAAUGCUAAAAGUGGAAACAGUGAAACUGGACAAGAAAAUAUUGGAUCUGAUGGCAGCACCACCUAACCCUCAAGAUGAAACAGCAGAGACGUUACCUAUAAAUCCAAACUCUCAGAAAACCUCCUAUAAAAGGUGGAUAUGGGUUCAUGUACUCCAGUCUGUUUUACACAUUAUCCAGGUUGUCCUCAGCUACUUUUUGAUGCUUUGUGCCAUGUCCUACAAUGUAUGGGUCUUCCUAAGUGUAGUCGCUGGAGCUGGAAUUGGGUAUUUUGUGGCAUACCCACUGAUCAAGACUUGGUAAUUAGCAAUGGUGUACUCCUGCAACUCUUGUUUCAGAACAGAAACUGCCACAUUGCGGAGAAGAUCUGUGAGAAACAGAUGGACUGGAUCUUCAUCUUUGAUGGCCUUCAGAAAAAAACUCGUCUUCUUCAUACCACAAUUUUACACAGAAGCCAUACAAAAGCCUUCCAGGGAUGAUUGUUCUGCAUACUUACGUCUUUCUGCAAUUUUUAAUACUGUUUUUUAUUUAAUGCAUUGGGUGACUGUCCAAAAAGGUGUUAAUACAGAUGCUAUA